GCUAGGAAUGGUGGGAGUUGAAGUCCAAAACACCCGGAGGGCCCAAGUUUGCCCAUGCCUGUCAUAGAUAUACAGCUCUGUCAAUUUUAUUCUUUCUGCUUAUUCUAAUUCAGGGGUUCUCAAACCUUUAAAGCCGGGUGCCGGUUCACAGUUCCUCAGACUGUCGGGGACGCCGGACCAUAGUUUGGAAAGAAUAUGAACAAAUUUCUAUCUUAUUUGUAAUGCAAGCCCCCCAUGAAAGAACAAUACAAUAUUUAAAAGUAUUUAAAAUAUUUAAAAGAAUAUUUUAACCAACACAUACUGACCAGUAUUUCAGUGGGAAGUGUGGGCCUGCUUUUGGCUGAUGAGAGAGUCAAGUUAAUUGGAUUGUUGUUGUUGUUGUGGUGUGCCUUCAAGUUGUUUCAGAUUUAGCGCGACCAUAUGUUUAAAGUUUAGGGUGGGGGCCGGGUAAACAACCUUCGGCCCACAGGCCUUAAUUUGGGGGGCCCUGUUAUAAUUUCAGCCGUUACGCAUAAUUAUUGUAAUAUGACUUUCCAAUGUUUAACCACAAUCUUUCUUGGACGUUUGGUGGUUUAAGUUGGCCACUGCUUUUAUACAUUAAGCUAAUACACGAUUUCCAAGUUCUAUCAAACAGAUUGUUGUGUUCUCAAGGGCUUUCAUGACCUUAAUCGAUGGGUUGAUGUGAGUUUUCUGGGCUGUAUGGCCAUGUUCCAGAAGCAUUCUCUCCUGACAUUUUACCCACGUCUAUGGCAGGCAUCAUCAGAGGUUGUGAGGUCUGUUGGAAACUAGGAAAGUGGGGUUUAUAUAUUAGUGGAAAGUCCAGGGAGCGAGAAAAAACUCUUGUCUGCCUGAGACAAGUGUGAAUGUUGGAAACCAUUUAAAUCCACAAUCAGGUGGCCAAUUUCAACAGAAAGAAGAAAACCAUGAAAAUGAAUGAAAUCUGGCUACCAGUAUUUUAAAAACUCUAGAAUCAGGACAGUAAAUAAAGAACAACACUCAGAAAACAGGGAUUUCCAGACAGGAAACAAUUAGGGUCAGCUAAUACCUCCUAACAAGGGAUCCCCCUAAGCAGGAAGCAGCCAGGCUUUGAAACUACAAGGCUAUCAAUGCUAAUCAAGAUUGCCAAUUGUAACAUUCACACUUGCCUUAAAUAAACAAGAGUUCUUUCUCCCACCCUGGACAUUCCACAGAUAUAUAAACCUCACUUGCCUAGUUUCCAACAGACUUCUCUGAGGAUGCCUGCCAGAGAUGUGGGUGAAAGUCAGGAGAGUAUGCUUCUUUAACAUGGCCAUACAGCCCGGAAAACUCACAGGAACCCAGUGAUUCUGGCCAUGAAAACCUUCGACAACACAGGAAAGUAGACAGUUUAUUCCAUCAUUAUAAAUUUCAUUGCCCCCACAUCAGAUGUUCAAGAAGCCUCCCCAUAUGUUCUUAGCAUAUGUGUGUGUGCAUGUUUUCCUUCAAGCCAUCUGUCAUUUUACUAUUCUAAUGUACCUAAAAAGGCAUGUGAGUCUGCUUGUAGAGAGGGGCAAAGGUCACCAAGAGAAGAUCCUGAAUUUGAAUGCAGGACUCCAUUAUGUCUCAGUGGCUACAACAGGAUGGAAGGGUGAAGAUUCCUCAGACAAGUGCCUGAAGAUGGCAAGCAAGCAAGGAUACAGUUGCCUCUCUGAUGGCUCUGUGGAUGUCCAAACUUCUAGCUCUGAGGGCACUCUGAGCCACAGUCCUCACAGCCCGGGGCUGUGUCUCAUCUCCCCUCCUAUUGCUGAAUCCCAUUGGCUGAGUAAUGUGGCAUCACAGCCUGAGUCCCCAUCGGAAAUGAACAUCAUUUUGGAGGAACUUCUGGCUCCCAUUACUGAAAAGCUCAAGUAUUUGCUGAAGAAAGCAGAGGACUUCCAGACAUACCUGUUGUACAGGGACAGAAUGCAGAAGGAGCAAUUUGCCAAAGCUAUGCCUACGUUCCUGCAGAUGUGCCAGCCAUACUUCCAUUACCUGGAAUCCACAGCACGCAGCUGCACACCUUACUUAAGACUCCCACAGGAGCCAGUCAGAAGGCGGCUCUUAGAGAUCUCUCAGCAAUUGGCUUGCCAACUUGAGCAACUAGUUCUGAUGUAUGCUUCCUUCAGCUUUGUGUCCUUGGAAGACACAGAUCCAUCCAGUGUUUCCUGUUUCUUCUGUGGCAAGUUCUGGUUGAAUGAGAUGCGACAAGUUUCCAUCUUUCGCUAUUCCAUCUCCGCACCCUACACAGCUGCUCAUGUUCCCCACAAUUUAUACAAAAAGAUGCGCUGGAACAUUGACAUCUUGGAAAAGUCUGCUGGCCGGAAUCAAACACCUAAAACAGAAUACUAUUUUCUGUGCUUCCGUGACACUGGUGAUGAGGCAACUGUGAAGAUGCAGAAGCUCUGGUCCAUUGGACGCUGGGUGCCUGUAGAUCCCGACAGCGAGCAUAGUGCUGAUGUGCUCUCCUGGGUCUUGUGUCACCACCCCAUGGGAGAUUACCAGCAGCUCCUGACCAUUGGAUUUGAGGAACCUUCCCACACCUUAGCCACAGACCUUUUUGUGCAGAUGUUUAAUGCUCAGUGUUCAGGCCUGCUUAACCAAGAGUCGUCCUGCUAGACGAGCCAAAGGAACAAGUGCAGGAAAAGGUGGCCCACUCAUACUUUAACUGUGUACUACAAAGUCCAGCUCUUGCUUCAUAACAUUACCAAUACUAAAACAGUAGGUACACUGUGCUGGGUGCUAGCAUUAAAAUACAGCAAGAUAGGACUAGAAUACAUGCUUAGAGGUAUAUUAGUUUAGGAUUUGGGCCAUUUUUGUUUGAUAUGAGACCAAAACUAUCUUGGUUCCCCCAUCAUUCCUGCUCCUUUAGCUCUUGUGCUUGGGUUAAUUACGCUACAAAUUUUAAAAGGCUUUGGUGGCCACUGCCAUAGUUUUUCCCAUAACAGGUUCUUGAAUGCAGAUGCCAAUAUUGUUGAUAUCAAUCUUAUCACUGGCAUGUGAAGACCCUUGUGGUCUCCAUUACAUGCUACUGCAGGACAGAAGUGGAAGUGCAAUUUUCCUUCUUUCAGGCACAGGUUCCAUUGAGAAACACUUUGUGUUGGGCCCUUGCUGGACACAGGCUAAGUAUCUAGUUUUACCAACUUGGGGUCCAUUUCCUUUUGAGGGCAAAGUCUCUUUGGCCCUACUCCCUUCUGACCUUUAAACAUCUAGCAGUGACUCAGGACCAAUCAAAGUCUCUCAAGAAGUGGUAUCCCAAAAUGUGUUGGAUUGUUUUUAAGAAAACAUAUAGGAUUAUUUCAUGAAUAAAGGAACAUAUUCUGUUUUUA